UUCACUGAUCACCCAGACCUGCUCUCCUGUGGAACAGAACAAAGAGACCUGGACGAUGGAGAGGAAAGAGACAGUAGCUAAGGAUCCAGGACCACAAGCCGGCUAUUCAUUGUUCUUCAAAGAGAAAAUCAAAGAAGAAACACGGAAAGAAAUGGCUGAUUCUCCAUUAAUUAUGUCCCAGCGUCUGUUGACAUUUGGGGAUGUGGCUGUUGACUUCCCCCAGGAGGAGUGGGAAUGCCUGGACUCUGCUCAGAGGGCUUUGUACAUUGAUGUGAUGUUGGAGAAUUACAGCAACCUGGUCUCUGUGGAGAACUACUGCAUAUGUGAAACUGUGCAUCAACAUGUGAAGACUGAAAAGGAGUCUUGUCAGUGUAAUGAGCUUGGUGAAAUGCUUCGUGGUCCCUCCAACUGUGCACUUUAUAAAAGAAGUGACGCUGUAGAAACCUCUAAUAACUACAGAUGCUGUAAGGACAGGGAUGCCUCUGUUGACUCAUCAGAGCCAGAUCAACAUACAAGCAUGCACACUGGAGAAGAACCUUGUGAAUCUAAAAACUGUGAGAAAUCUUUCAAUUUGUGUUCCAACAUUAGUCAAGAUGCAAACAAGCUGCAGAGUCAGGGAAAAUAUGAUGAAUUCAGCUCUGCAUACAGUCUCAUGCAACAAACAAUCUACAUUGGAGAUACACCACACCAAUGUGAGAAAUGCAGGAAAUGCUUCAGUACCGCCUCAAGCCUCACUGUACACCAGAGAAUUCAUACUGGAAAGAAACCCUACAAGUGCAAUGUUUGUCACAAAUCCUUUACCCAGUGCACCAAUCUUAAAACACAUCAAAGACUUCACACUGGCGAGAAGCCUUACAAAUGCAAAGAUUGUGGCAAGUCAUUUCCUCAGUUGUCAGCACUUAAAAGCCAUCAGAAAAUGCAUACUGGAGAGAGACCUUAUAAAUGUAAAGAGUGUGACAAAUCCUUUGCUCACUGUUCCAGUUUCAGGAGACAUCAGAAAAUCCAUAGUGCUGAGGAAUAUUAUACUUGUCAACAAUGUGGCAAGGUCUUACAUCAGCUUUCACACCUUAGAAGCCAUCACAGACUCCAUACUGGAGAGAAGCCUUACAAAUGCAGUGAGUGUGACAGAUCCUUUACCCACUAUGCUUCCUACAGAAGGCAUCAGAAAACUCAUUCUCUAGAGAAAUUUUACAAAUGCAAAGAAUGUGGUAAGUCCUUUCUUGAAUUGUCACAUCUUAAAAGGCAUUACAGAAUCCACACUGGUGAAAAGCCUUACAAAUGUGAGGUAUGUGAUAAAUCCUUUACUGUUAAUUCUACUCUUAAAACACAUCAGAAAAUUCAUACUGGAGAGAAACCUUUUAAAUGUAGGGAAUGUGAUAAAUCUUUUACCAAGUGCUCACAUCUUCGAAGACAUCAGAGUGUUCAUACUGGAGAGAGACCUUACAAAUGUAAGGAAUGUGACAAAUCUUUUACUGAGUGUUCAACUCUUAGAGCACAUCAGAAAAUUCAUACUGGAGAGAAACCUUACAAAUGUAGAGAAUGUAACAAAUCCUUUAUCCAGCGUUCAAAUCUUAGAAUACAUCAGAGAGUUCAUACGGGAGAGAGACCUUACAUAUGUAAAGAAUGUGGCAAAUCUUUUACUAAGUGUUCAACUCUUCAAACACAUCAAAAAAUUCAUACUGGAGAGAAACCUUACAAAUGUAGGGAAUGCAACAAAUCCUUUACCCAGGACUCACAUCUUAGAACACAUCAGAGAGUUCAUACUGGAGAGAGACCUUACAUAUGUAAGGAAUGUGGCAAGUCUUUUACUAGGUGUUCAUAUCUUAGAGCACAUCAGAAAAUUCAUACUGGAGAGAAACCUUACAAAUGCAAAGACUGUGACGUAUCCUUUAUCCAGAUUUCAAAUCUGAGAAGACAUCAGAGGGUUCAUACUGGAGAAACUAUUGUAACUAUUGUGACAUAGCAUUUAUCUGAUAUUCCUUGCUUACAAAUCACAACAGUAUAAGUAAUAGAAACAUAAAAAUAACAAGUUCUGAAUGCCUUUAAUGAGCAUUUAAAACUUUAAAAUAAAUAAGAGUUUAUUUUAACAUAAAAUUCUGCAAUUAUAACUGUGGGAAAAGUUCUUGUGUAUGUUUGCCAGGACUGCAAGUUUGUUCUGUGCACUACAUGUAUGCCUGGUACAGGUAGAAGCCAGAAGAGAGCAUCUGAUCCCCUGAAGUUGGCAGUAUACCUAGUUGUGUGUCGCUAUAUUUAUGUUGGAAAUUGAACUCCUGUUCCCUCUAAGAGCAACUAGUGCUUUUUUUAUUAAAUUAGAUAUAGUUCUUUAUUUAUAUUUCAAAUGUUAUUCCCUUUCCAGG